AUGCAUUUUAAGCAAUGGAAGGCUUUGCUCGAAAGACAAAUUGAGAAGAAAAUCAAAAGACUGAGGACUGACAACGAUCUAGAGUUCUACUCCACCGAAUUUAAUGAUUUCUACAAAAAUGAAGGUAUUGUCAGGCACAAGACAAUUUGUUAUACUCCACAGCAAAAUGAAGUUGUAGAAAGAAUGAAUAGAACUCUACUAGAAUGAGCCCAUUGUAUGCUAUUAUCUACAGGUCUUGGUCAAGACUUUUGAGCAGAAGCAAUGUCUACAACUUGUCAUCUUGUGAACAGAUAUCUAGCCUCUACCAUUAACUUCAAAGCUUCUAAAGAAGUCUAGUUAGGUAACCCUCUUGAUUAUUCAAAUUUAAAAAUCUUUGGUUGUCUAACAUAUGUCCAUAUAAAUGAUGACAAGUUGAAGCCUAGAGCUAAGAAGUGUAUCUUCCUUAGUUAUGCCUUCAGAGUCAAAGGAUAUAAGUUAUGGCUUCUUGAUCUUAAAUCUCCUAAGUUUUUAAUUGAGAAGAAUGUUAUUUUUGAUGAAGUUGUAAUUCUACAUCCUAGAGAAAGGAUGUCCACCCUUAAAAUUAUAGAUUCAAAUGACAAUACUCCAAAUCAAGUGGAGUUAGAUAUAUCUGAUUCACAUAAGAUGUAUUCCCAGUAACAACAUAUUUUAGUGCUUGACAUGCAUCCUAUGGAGAUAUCUCUACAAAACCAGAAUUACUCUCUUACUUGUGAUCGGUCAAGGAGAGAUACUAAGCCAGCAUUGAGAUAUGAAUAUAUUGAUAUAGUCACUUAUGUAUUGACCAUUGCUAAAGAAACUUUGGAUCUGAAUGAGCCUUCUAAGUUUUCAGAUGCUAUAUCUCGUGAGAAUGCGGACAAGUGGUUAGUUACUAUAGAGGAGGAAAUUAAAUCUCUCUAUAAAAAUCAGACUUGGGAGUUGGUGGAGGCCCCUAAAGGACAGAAAGUCAUUAGCUCCAAGUAGGUUUUCAAGAAGAAAAGAGACACUCUAAACUCUGAUGAUGUUAGAUACGAAGUACGGUUAAUUGCAAAAGGUUACAGUUAGGUCAAAGGUAUUGAUUAUAAUGAUACCUUUUCUCCUAUCGUUAAGCACAAUUAUACAUGUUCUAUUAUCUAUUAUUACAUUAUAUAAUUUAGAGUUAAAAUAGAUGGAUGUUAAAACAACCUUUCUUCAUGGCAAUCUUGAAGAGCAUAUUUAUAUGUAGUAACUUGAAGGCUUUCUUGUUGAAGAAAAAAAUAAGCAUGUUUGUUUGCUGAAGAAAUCUUUAUAUGGCCUUAAACAAUCUCUCUGAUAGUGGUAUAAGAGAGUUGAUACAUUUAUGACACAACAUGAAUUCUCUCAUAGUAAAUUUGACAAUUGUGUUUACUUUAAAAAGUUGUCAAAUGAUUCAUUUCUUUAUCUGCUACUUUAUGUCGAGGAUAUGUUGAUCGCACCAAAAGAUAUAUUUAAAAUCAACAAAUUAAAAGCUGUACUCAAUAGUGAGUUUGAUUUGAAAGAUUUAAGAGCAGCUAAGAAAAUUCUCAGAAUGGAGAUUUGUAGAAGUCGGAGUGAAGAUAAGCUAUACUUAUCCAAAACUAAAUACAUUCAGAAAGUACUUAUGUGUUUUAAUAUGUGAGAUGCUAAGUCUAUUCAUACUCCAUUUUCUGUUCAUUUCAAGCUUUCAAAUUUUCUAUCACCAUAGUCCCUAAUAGAUGAAAAUUUUAUAUCACAUGUUCCAUACUUUAGUGCUAUAGGUAGCAUGAUGUAUGCUAUGAUAUGUACUCAUCUUGAUAUAUCACAUGCAAUCAGUGUAGUUAGCCAUUAUAUGGCUAAUCCGAGUAAAACACAUUGACAUGUUAUUAAGUGGAUUUUUAGGUACUUGAGGGGUACUAUUGAUACAUAUUUACAAUUUCAGAGAAUAAGUGAUACCUUAACUGAAUUUAUGGAUUCAGAUUUGUAAGAGAUCUUGAUAAACAGAUGUCACUAACUAGUUAUAUAUUUUCAGUUAGUGGAUGUGCUGUUAGUUGGAAAGCUUCCCUACAGUCUACUAUUGCUCUGUCCAUAAUAGAGACAAAAUUUAUGGCACUUACAGAGGCAUUAAAGAAAGCUAUAUGGUUAAGAGGUUUAUUAUUUGAAUUAUGUUCAUGUCAAGCUUCAAUUAUUAUCCAUUGUGAUAGUUAAAAUGUUAUUCAUUUCACCAAAGAUCAGAUGUAUCACAAAAAGACAAAGCAUAUUGACAUCAAACAUUAUUUUAUCCGUGAUAUAAUUUUCUCAAGUGAAAUUAGUGUGCAAAAGAUUGGUACUGAAGACAAUCUAGCUGAUAUGCUAAUAAAACCUCUUCCAAUUUCAAAGUUAUAA